AUGAAUGUCUUCAAUGCGAUCCAUUCGUCGACCUCAAAUUUGAUCUCGAAGACAGGAAAUACCGGAUCCAAUGGCACACAGCCGCCACAGCUCUUAUAUUUCUGCAUAAUCGACCCAUCUUUGGGUGACCCCAGCAAGGAAGAUGAUCAACAACUGAUCAACCAGAUUCUCGUGUAUCUCAACUUUGAGGGUCGAGACGUCCUUGAGACCGAGAAAGCUAAACGAAUUGGGUUUAUACAAGGGCUUGGUGCGUUUGCGGGCCGUUUCCACAAUUCUGGCGACGGUUCUCUAAAUUACAUUGACACAGAUAAAUCUAGAGUGGUUACUGGGAUCUUCGAGGAAAAAUACCAGUUCUUCUGCGGAUUCAGAUUUGCAAAAGCUGGACAAUCAUAUGUGCGACGAGGCCUCGCAACGCCAACGUAUCUAUUAAAGGAGUUUCAGUAUGGCUACAAUCUUUACCGAAUAAACUAUGGACCCAUAGAUCGCAACGCAAAAACCCGACUAGAAGACUGGUGGCGGAUCUGGCUGACGCAGAAAUUUGAGUAUCCGUCAGGCUUUGGUCUGACGGACCGAGGGGUGUUGAAUUUGUUUUCUGGAUAUCGACGUUCGUCCGUGGAGCUGCCGCUUGGGUUCAAAGAUAACCUCAAAAAUGCAUUGAAGCAGUUUAGCUCAAAAAACAGCUCUUUGGUCGACUUGUUGAUUGUGAACACGAAUUGGACACCAACAAAGAAUUUUGGCGUGAUAUACUUGAACGAGGAAUCACCGAUACCCAGAGAGUGGUUGAUUAACUUGGUGAACCAUUUCGAGAGACUCGAUCUUUCUACAGGCCUCUCUACGUACUCGCUAAGACUCAGCAACAUUCCGUCGCUGAAAACCUACUAUGCUGCUAUUCAGGCCUCGUCCGGAGGAAACCGGACGCUGCUUGAUAGAUCCAUAUUACAGCCUGCUAUUUAUAUCCACGAACAGUUGACUACACAUGUGUUCAAUCCUUUCACAUCUGCAAUCAAUACUGUUGCUUCGGUCCCCCAGCUUGUGUCAUCCAUUGGCUUGUUCGGGCUAGGUUCGUCUUCUAACGAGGAGUCUGAGGUUAUGGAUGAAGCUGUCGCGGAGGCCCCACAGUCGCAAGAGUCGCUGGGCACGGAGCUGACAGGAAAAUACCUAUUAGGCGAGACAAGCGACGGGAGAAUUACGAAAACAGUGCAUCUGGGAGACUUCAUUGUGGAGAUGGUUGUGUACGAAAUCAACGGAAUACUGUUCACCUUGUUGUUCAAAGAGAUCGGCCAAGAGCCCGAUUUUUUUGCUUCUCUUCAAUCACAGCUAGAUGAGAUCUACUCCUCCUAUUUCAAUGAUGUGGUCGCUACACAAUUGAGGUCCAUGGAAAAAGACCUGAAAGAGAAUUCAGAAUUCUUCUAUCUAAUAUACAAUCCGCUGACCAAAGAGAUCAAGACUUCCCUGCCAAAUAUCCCCGACUCUGAUGACAUCAAAGAAAUCAAAACUUCUGUGCUACCAUCGGAAGGGGUGAACAGGACGCAGAUCAUCAAUCUUACAUUAAGCCUCAUGACUCACAUUCUAGAGAACCACGAGUUCCUGGGUCUCGAGCCAGUCGAGAAGCUUGUCAAAAUCAACAGAAAUUGGUGGUGUCUGCAUAAAAUGGUCGAUGGUAAAAGUGUGAUCGCUCUUAAGAAAUUUUCUCCCAGCGAGUUCAAUUUGGAAGCAGACAAUUUGGUUGCCUCUUUUGGCGCGGAAUUCAGCAAGUGGUUCAAUGAGUCUAUAGAAAGCGGGUUCAUCUAG